AUGUUUUCGGAUUCAUCAACCUCGGCUGCAACUUUCGCUGCCCUUUUAAUGGUUUUCGUCUCACGGGGUAAGUAAUACAGUCGACUCUCUCUUAACGGACACCUCUAUAAGACGGACACUUCUGUAAAACGGACACUUAUAGUUGGUCCCUGCCUUUCUUUACUCCCUUUAUUUGACCCUCUAUAAGACGGACAUCUCUCUAAGAAGGACACUUAGUGCCGGUCCCAAAGGAGUCCGUCUUAGAGAGAGUUGACUGUAUUUUAUUUUUUAGUAAUAGAUAAAUAAUCGUAGAUACGAUUCUGAGGGGUUCGGGGCGAAAUUGCUAUGAAACUUUCCAGACAGGAAGUUAAAUUCUCAGCACUUCAGAAACGGUCAGCCACUGAAACACUAUUUUAACAGCUUGUUUUGUUUGUUGUACUAGUGGGUCAACACACUUUGAGUUGAAACAUAUUCAGAAAGGAAAACAUUUUAGAUGGGAAAGAGUGUCUAGAGUAUGUUGUUAUGUAACCGAUGAUAACUUUUGGCUGUUCCUUUCAAACUUUCUGAAAAUAUUGCAAUCGUAGUUAUAGUUUCAUAUGGAUAUCCUUACUGCUAGCUUAUAUUUACAGCAAACACCGAGAACGUUUUUGCUUCCCAGCGGACAUAUCGACCUAAGUUUUAUGUGCCAGGUGACUUUUUUUACUUCCAGUGGCUGUCAGUAUUUUUGCAUGCAACUUGAAUUUCGCCCAGAACUUGGUGGAAUUCAACAGGAACCUGACUUAGAAGCGUUGUCGAAUCAGUAAAAACAAAUGUACUUUACAGUUUACUUAAUUAAUCUAAGAAGGAGUGCCCGUGCAGGGGUGGGGGGUAGGAGGGGGGUUGGGGGAAGGGCAGUAGAAUUGAUCAUGACAGCCAAUAACAGACCACUGUCAGUACGAUAUGUUCUAGGUCUACAGGGUGUUUCAAAAGUUCGUUCCGACUGUAAAUUGUAUUUUGCACAAAGCAUUUAAUGCUUCCUGAGGCAAAUGUAAACUGAUUCAGGUAAAAAAAUUAUCUAAAUAACCGUUCAAAGCAAUUUCAAACUAAAAUUUGAAGAAAUUAUGAUAUUUUUAAUUUUUUUUUAUGAUCGUUCCUUUUGUACUUCUCCCAGGAGAAGCAACAUCCAUGUGCUCGGCGUAUCACAGCGUUUUCACUCGUGUGUUCAAUGCCCUCAAAGACGGAGCAAAGCUUCUAUUUUCGCGGGAAAAACUGCUUUAAUCUUUAUUUAGUUUAUUUAGUUAUCCGAAGAAUGUAACGAUCAAAAAACCAAACUUCUUUCUUUAUACUUUGACAGGUGUGUCCGGACAGAGUACCUCAUUGAGCCCUAUACUAUCAGUGACUCCGUCCUCUAUGUCGACCCUACCCACAUCAUCACAGGAUAUAUCUACCACAACAUCCUCUGCUACAGCAGCCUCCACAGUGGUUAUCAGCUCGACACCAUCUGGCCCCUCGACGAAUGCGUCUGUAACCACCACGAAUCCGACCAGUGAGGCUAUGACGGAAGCGCCAACUACGACUGAGGCGCCCUCCUCCACAAAGAGUAAGCCACCUCAUUAAAGACAGCAGCGAAAACGUGGGAACAAAGACCUAUUCGGCUAACUCAAUGUUGUACUCAAUUCAAAUCUCCCGGAGAUAAGAUUCUUUGUGUCUUGUAUUUGCAUUAUAAUGUGGCAUUCACAUUUAAAUGAUAUGGAAAUUACUGAAACAAAACGUUUUAUUCCUAAAGGGUUCGAAUUGGGUACAACAUUGAGUUAGCCGAAUAGGUCUAUUAUACGCUGGGUAUUGUUAAUCUUGACAUGGUAAUAAGGUAUGGGGAAUCGCUCUGGCCAGGGACAGGCCCAAGACUAGGCGAAACUAGAAAAGGGCAAAAUUAACACCGACUUACUCGUCGGGUGUGAGGACGUGUCGUAAAGCUCUUUUCGUAGAGGGAUCAAAGGGAGUGAGUGUAAACUCUUUUGUGUUCACAUUUGCAUAAUCCCUAUAUGGUCGGUAACCGGUCAAGGUUUUCAAAACACUAAAUGACCCCCAGAUAGGUAUUUUCAAUAAAUUUGACUUAUCUAAGAAUCUGCUAGCAGAGUAGACUGCCAGUCAUUUAGUGUCAAAAAACCAAUGUAUCACAUUGAGCCCUAUACUAUCAGUGACUCCGUCCUCUAUGUCGACCCUGCCCACAUCAUCACAGGAUAUAUCUACCACAACAUCCCCUUGGAGGGAUCAAAGGGAGUGCGUGUAAACUCUUUUGUGUUGACAUUUGCAUAAUCCCUACUGUGGCGAGAUGUGAUCGAAUCUCAGCCUGUGUACGGCCGUCCCCUCCCCUCAGUAACAAACAUGCAAUCCAGUCACUGAUCACGAUAGGCUAUCAUGCCGAUAUGAAUAUUAUUCCAGGCUGGAAUGAACAGUGCCCCCAACCAUACAAAAUUUUGCGACUUUGCGAUGCUUUAUGAAUUAUCUUCGUUGAUGGAUACAUGUAUAUCGUUUACAGUUGAAAGUGCACUUAGCUUAUCCAGCUAGUUUACAGGCACUCCACUUAAAUAAUUCUGAAAUAAAUAAUGCAAAUAGAACAUAACAGGAUUAAAAACCCCAACAAGCGGUAGGCAACCAGUUGGCUAUUUACAAGCGUGGCCGAGGACUUGAACUAGAGACGACCGACAACAAAUCCCGAAAGUGGCCAGAGCGGGACUCGAAACCCGGGAUUGUUGAAUUGGGAGUCCGAUUACGCUGGCUCCCAUUACGUUUUCAACAAAUCACUCUCAAACUUGGUAAAUUUACUGAUUUAGGGCGUCCUUUCAAACCGUGUUGUCGGAUUGACGAUAACCAGUCCCAGCCAAAAAUUGAAAAACAAAACUGAAACCGUAGAAGGGUCACUGUAUUUAAUCGUCACUUAAUGCCUCGAAUUGGUGCCUUUGUUUAAAAGAAUGUGGGAACUUAGUGUCAUCUCCUCAUUAUUUUUUUUUUCAACUGCAUUCUAUUAAUUUACCUUUUCUGAAUUUUUCUUUGACAAUUGUGCAUUAUAUGUUCGUAGCAUGUGGCUGGGUGAUCGUGGUCUGGAAGAAAAGCUGGAACAGCAUGUACAAAGAUAAUCAACAGUUCAUUAGUAACACCACGGAAAAACUGCAAAUGUUUUUAGUGAGUAAUCUUAUAUAACAAAUCUGUUUGUUUCCUUUGUUCCUUUUUGUUAGUAUGUUCCAGACGAAUACUUUAAUUGUGUCCGAUGUAGUAAAUUUAUAGAGCUAGCCCUUCUUGAUUUUCAUUUUAGUUCCAUAUUCCCAUACUAUACUGAUACUUUCUCUCUAAUAGUUGUUGCAAAACCUAUCUAAUAUUAGAGGAAAACGGCUGAUAUAGUCUAGUGUGUAUCUUAAUUUUAAAAGCUAUUGAAGGUCGAAGCAACUCAUCCCUGUUUGAUUAGCUACCUAAGGGCCUCUUUACAAGGAAGUGGGGACCCCUAGGUAGGUGAGGUAACCCGUUUAGGUGGGAUAAUAUAAAGCGCCUGACGAGAUAAUCUCAUUGUAAUUUGAUCACGAUUUGCCUUGCGCAAUGCCCUAAUCCUCCCUCUUUUUGAUAACGGAAACGUCAUCUACACUGAUUGACUUAUUGUUUACUAACACUUCUCAUCGUGUUAUUGACCGAGGCGUUAUUCCUGUCAUCUUUAAGCGACCAUUGUUUGAUCUUCUGUGUUAUCAAAUCAGGUGUUCCUAAAGUUCCAGGGAGAACCAUCGAAAAUCGGUCAUACAAACAUUAUUCAAAGCAGGAAUUUGUGAAUGACUUGAAAGAAAUUGACUGGAACCAAGCUCUAAACAAGCAGGACAUUGACCCCGCGGUCAAUGAUUGGAACAAUCUUUUUACUCGCGUUACCGAUAGUCAUGCUCCCAUGAGGAAAUCAAGAAUUAAAGGGGUCCGUUCUCCCUGGCUAAACGCACAGCUAUCUGAAACUAUGCAGCAACGUACGAGAUUAUUACCAUCGUAAAGCCCUGAAAACAAAGUCCAAUCAUUGUUCACGCUAUAGGGAACUUAAGAACUACGUAAAUAAGGAGACAAAGAGAUGUAAAUCGGAAUACUAUUCUAAGCUUAUUACCGAAAACAAAUCUAAUCCAAGUGCAUUAUGGAAAACUCUAAACGACAUAACAUCUCGCAAAGAAAGAAUUCCCAUCUCCUGCAUUGAGGCCGGCGGUGUUCAAUACUGCAGCAAUAAAUCUAUCUCCAAGAUAUUCUCAAUGAACACUUUUCAACAAUUGGAACUAAACUGGCGCAAAAGCUCAAGUCUUGUAGAUCCCACAUCUACUCGGCGCCUGCGGUUAACUCGAAUCUACCCCAUGAAUUUGCUUUCGAGCCAAUGACGGAAGACUUCGUUCUUCGUCAGCUUAAGCAGCUCAAAAUCAAUAAAGCCAUUGGCCUAGAUAAUAUCAGUGCUCGUCUACUGAAAGAUUCAGCCUCAGUAAUCAGUGCCAGUCUUACUAGAUUGUUUAAUUUUUCCCUGGAAACUCGCACUUUUCCUUCUCUUUGGAAAUUUUGAAAAGUGGUAGCGUUAUUCAAGAAAGGUGAUCGCUUUGAUGCUAACAAUUACAGACCCAUUAUUUGUAGUAACAUGAAGUACUAACUGACCGCUGACCGGCGGUAGGGCUGUCAUGAGGGAGAGCUGUAUGAAGCUAUCGUAUUAAAGUAUGUUGUGUUGAUGCUGUCGUCUCUGUACCUCUUCGGACUCAACAUGGUGUCAGAAGCGUGACCUUCCUACUAGCCUACAGUUGCGGAGAUCAAACCAAUCGGAGAAACGGAUCAAAUACUGAGACGAAUUGACCGGUCAAACUUCACGCGGAUCCUACGCACGUGGUUCAAAACAAGAUGGCGGAAAGCAUGCCAUUCGCCAAACCACCGGAACCGCUGGAAAUUUCGAUGGGAAAUCCUGCUCACUCGUGGGGAAAAUGGAAACAAAAAUUCGAAAUUUACCUCAAGGCAAUUGGAGCUUCAAAGAAACCCGAUGAAAUGAAAGUGGGGCUGCUAUUAAACCACAUCGGCGAGCCGUGUUUGGAAAUUUACUCGAAUUUCACCUACCUACCUGAGCGUGACGACCCCGCGGGAGGAGAAGAGAAACUUCCAGCCGAAGACUCCGACAACUACGCGACCGUUGUGGCAAAGUUUGAUGAAUACUUUCAAAAACGGGACCCUCAACUCAUGCUGCGAGAGAAAUUUUGGCUUCACCUUAAACGAGAGCCCACACAGACCUUUGAUUCGUGGGUGGUGACUGUCAAGGAAAGAGCCGCCGAGUGCAAGUUCCCAGCCGAUUUCUAUGAGCAAGCAGUUAGAGACAAACUUACCUUUUCCUGCAAGGAAGACAAUUACAAGCUAAAACUCUAUGACGAGGGAGCAGCCCUUUCACUCGAAAAGGCAGUGAAAAUCCUGUCUUUGAAGGAAGCAACAAAACGUGAGUUACACGAAUCAAAAACCGCAGAGAUUGAGAGCGUCACACCGCGAGGGAACAGGCAAGACCCUCAUGCUGGUCAAGAUACAGAGCAAAGGAACCAGCGAGACUUCAAGAGGAAGCCCUUCCAAACAAGUGGCCGGAACUGUGGGUAUUGCAACCGCCGACACCCCCCUGGCAAGAAGAACUGCCCAGCGGCAGAUACACGAUGCAGCAAGUGCAACAAAAUGGGACAUUUCCCUAUCAUAUGCAAGAGUGUACCUCCAAGGACGGUCAACGAAGUUCUUGAAACCGAGGAUAACUUUAGCCUCACAUUUGUGGGAGGGGUUUAUACACCCACUAGUCCAAACACCUCCAAGGCCGAACCAGCAAUAAACUCUCAAACCAGUAGGUCCGACCCUGGAUGGCAUGUCAACCUCAAGAUUCAAGACCAAGAGACGCUGGCAUGGUGCAUCGACACAGGAGCACAAGUGUCUGUGAUGCCUGAGCACAUCUACAAGUCUUCAUAUGGAACACUUUCAAAAUCUGACAGAGAACUUGUCGGAGCAGGGGAUGUUCCUUUAAAGACCCUUGGAUGUGCAGUCAUGAACCUCCAACAAGACGAAACAGUCAUUAAAGAACGAGUGUACGUAGUCAGUGGGGCAUCCAAGUUGCUUCUGGGGAUACCCGCCAUCCGAAGUCUUGGUCUUAUCCAUGAAAUCCCUGGGACAUACAGUGUUAAAGCUGUCCAUCAAAUGCCUGAUAGCCAUCCACUCCACUCAGGGACCAAGGAGGACAUUGUCAAGCAGUACCCAUCACUUUUUCAAGGCCUUGGCAAAUUGGAGGGUGAGCAUACAAUUCAAUUGAAGGAAGGGGCCACACCCUUUUGUUUGACCACUCCCAGGCGAGUACCACUGCCACUAAUGAAGCAAGUGCAAGAGGAGAUCAAGCGUAUGGAACAACUGGACGUUAUUGAACCAGUGGAUGAGCCGACAGAAUGGUGUUCACCGAUUGUGGUAGUGCCAAAGGCCGAUGGCAGGGUGCGGAUAUGUGUUGAUCUUACCAGGCUUAACCAAGCGGUCCGCCGAGAAGUCUAUCAAAUGCCAACAGUUGAAGAGACCCUGGGAAGCCUAACAGAAGGCUCAGUAUUCUCCAAACUUGAUGCCAACUCAGGGUUUCAUCAGAUAGUCCUAAACCCAGAAAGUGCCAAGCUAACUACCUUUAUCACGCCCUUCGGCCGUUACAUGUUCAAGCGUCUUCCCUUCGGCAUAUCCUCAGCCCCAGAACAUUUCCAAAAGAGGAUGGACAAAGAACUCUCUGGAAUAGAAGGGGUCAAGUGCCGCAUGGAUGAUAUUCUAAUCAUCGGGAAAGACCAAGCGGAACAUGACAAACGACUUAAGCAAGUCCUUGACAGGCUAGUCGAGAGGAAACUCACACUCAACCUUGAGAAGUGUUUAUUUUCUCAAUCCAGGUUGCAAUACUUGGGCCAAAUCAUUGACAGUGAUGGAAUCAGGAAAGACCCCUCCAAGAUCAAAGCCAUCACCGACAUGGCAGAACCCCAGAACAUUGCAGACCUGAGACGUUUCCUGGGUUUGGUCAACCACCUUAUGAAGUUCUGCCCAAAUCUGGCUGAGACGACGAAACCCUUAAGAGACUUGCUCAAGAAGGAGAACGCGUGGGUGUGGGGCACAGCCCAACAAGAAGCCUUCCGACAGCUGAAAGUAGACAUGGCAUCCGACCAAGUUCUUGCACUGUACGAUCCAGAGAAGGAGACCGUGGUCUCAUCUGAUGCCAGCAGUUUUGGACUUGGUGCGGUCCUCGUGCAGAAGCAGCCGUCCGGUGAAAUGAGGCCAGUGGCUUAUGCUAGCAGAUCAAUGACCGAGACAGAGCGUCGUUAUGCCCAGAUCGAAAAAGAGGCCUUGGCUAUCACAUGGGCACUUGAACACUGGGCUGAAUUCUUGAUCGGAAUGAGAUUUAAAGUGGAAACCGAUCACAAGCCAUUGAUUCCAUUGUUUUCCACAAAGCUGAUUGACGAGCUACCAGUACGCAUACAACGCUUCAGGAUGAGACUCAUGAGAUUUGACUUUGCCAUCGCACAUGUUCCUGGUAAACUCUUGUACACAGCUGAUUCAUUGUCUCGAUCCCCCCAGGAGGGUAAAGCCCAGGAGCCUAAGUCAUGGGACGACCUACAUGACGAAGUCGAGUGCUAUGUGAAUGCUGUAUUGGUAACCCUACCUGCCUCCGACCAGCGGUUAGAUGAGAUACGUUCUGAGUUGAAGAGUGAUGACACACUUAAAACUGUGAUGCAGUAUGUGCAGAAUGGAUGGCCUGAAGAGAAACGAAGAGUCCACGGGCCAAUAGCUAAAUACUGGAGUGAACGUGGCAACAUCUCCCUCCACGACGGCCUGCUCCUGAGAGGACGACGAAUCAUUAUUCCUCCGAGGCUGCGGGCAGAUGUAUUAAGGCGUCUUCAUGAUGGUCAUCAAGGAAUUACCAAAACACGUGCAAAUGCGGCCUCCUCAGUGUGGUGGCCUGGAAUCUCCCAAGACAUCACAAGAGUCGUGCAGAACUGCGCCAUGUGCGAGAAAUAUCGCAGAGAACGCAUUGAGCCAAUGAAAGGUACUGAGUUUCCAGAACGACCGUGGAGCAGAGUUGGCGUAGACUUCUUUCAGCACAAGGAUAAACAUUACCUCCUAGCCGUAGAUUACUUUUCAAGAGAUGUAGAGAUAAGUCAAGUGUCCAAGAAUGUAAACUCUGCCCAGACUAUCCUGCAACUUAAGAAGAUCUUCAGUCGACAUGGGAUUCCAGACAUCUUAUUUAGCGACAAUGGCCCCCAGUUUGAUUCACACGAGUUCACUAACUUUUCCACAGACUGGCAGUUUCAACACAUAACAUCGUCUCCAAGAUACCCCCAGUCCAACGGUGAAGUGGAAAGGGCGGUCCAAACUAUGAAGGCGGUCUUGAAUAAGAGUAAUGACGAAUACUUGGCUCUCCUGAAUUACAGAGAUACUCCAUUGCACCACGGUUACUCUCCAGCACAAUUGAGCAUGGGUCGGAAACUUCGUACAAGAGUCCCCUGUCACCCGGAGGAGCUAAAGCCAGAGACCCCAGACCGUGAUCACAUCAGAAGGAAAGAGAAGGAGUACCGAGCUAAGAUGAAAUUCGAUUAUGACCAUAGACACAAAGUAGUAGAGGGAAAGGAACUGUCACCCGGUGACCGCAUUUGGAUCCCCGAUUUAAAAGAGGAAGGAACAGUGAUUAAGCCACACGAGAGUCCAAGAUCUGUAAUCAUACAGACCCAAAACGGACAAGUGAGAAGAAACCGCCGGAUGACAAGAAGAGUUCUGGUGGGAAGUUCUCCGGUCCCACCCCAGAAUGAAGACUAUGAGAAUCAUGAGCCGAUACCAACAAGAGAGAGGAACCCAGACGUAUCCUCAGCUCCUGGAGCCAGCCAAGAAGAUUAUGUAGAACUACCUGUCCCUGGGGACCAACCAGCAGUGGACAAGCCCUUGCAGCCUGAACCGAUGCUGACACGCCUUAGACCUAGAGGAGCUCUAAGAAGACCGGACAGACUUAUCGAACAAUGCUAAGAUUAGUUUCACUUUAGGACACUGGAGAACUGCGUUGUCCUUAUUGACAUUUAGUUAACUUAAAAAAAAAAAGGAAGAUGUAGUAACAUGAAGUACUAACUGACCGCUGACCGGCGGUAGAGCUGUCAUGGGGAGAGCUGUAUGAAUCUAUCGUAUUAAAGUAUGUUGUGUUGAUGCUGUCGUCUCUGUACCUCUUCGGACUCAACAUUAUUGUGCUGCCAACGAUCAGUAAAAUUCUAGAAAAAGCCGUGCACACCCAACUGUACGCUUAUCUUAAGAACAAUGGGAUCCUUACAUCUAAGCAAUUUGGGUUCAGACCGAAGUUAUCAACUGGAACAGCCUUGGCUCAUUUCACAGACAGUAUCCUCCAGAAUAUGGACGUUGGCUCCUUUACAGGUGCUGUUUUUCUGGACCUGUCUAAAGCUUUCGAUACAGCGGGACAUCCCCUGCUGCUGCAAAAGUUGACGAACAUCGGUCUUACCACCUCUACCACCCAGUGGUUUAGAUCGUACCUCACAAACAGGUCACAAAUUACAUCGGUUGGAGAUGCUCACUCUGCAUCUACCGAAAUGCCUAUUGGAGUACCCCAGGACAGUAUAUUGGGACCUUUAUUGUUUUUAGUGAAUGAUCUUCCGGACUGUCAUCUGGCAAGUGAUAUUAUUCUUUAUGCGGACGAGACUAUACUCUAUUACUCAUUCAAAAGCGUCAGUGUUCUUGAACAUCAAAUCAAUGCUGACUUGCGGGCAGUGUCUGAGUGGUUCUCCAGAAAUCUCCUGACCCUAAAUAUAUCCAAAUGUAAUUUUGUUAUCUUUGGAAGUCCUCAGAAACUGAAUCGUAUUCAAGGCAUUUCGGUUAAAGCAGAGGGUACUAGUAUUGAAAGAACACAAUCAUUCAAAUACCUAGACGUAAUGCUUUAACACUCUAUGUCCUGGGCAGAUCAUGUCGAUGCUAUCAGCAUGAAGAUUAAUCAGAGAAUAGGCCUAAUUAGGAGAAUCAGAAAUCUGUUGCCGUUACAAGCUAGAGUUGCCUUGUACAAUGCCCUAAUUCUCCCUCUUUUUGAUUACGGAGACGUUAUAUGGGGGAAAAAGAACAAUGACACCAUUAUGUCAGAAUUACAGAUUCUACAGAAUAAAGCUGCUAAAGUUAUGCUGGGGCAACCACCACGAAGCUCGUCAACGGAAGCACUGAAGAGUCUAGAUCUGAAGUCACUCCCCACAAGAAGGUUUUUUCAUCGCUGCAUUGCAGCCCACAAGUGUCUUAUUGGAGAAACCGAUUUCAACUUUAAUUUUACAAAAAAUCAAGCUGUUCAUUCAUAUAAUACAAGACGCUCUAAUGAUAUUCGCUUACCCCUACCAAGAACAAACUGGGGUAAACAAACUUUUAUUUUUCACGCCGCGAAAGACUGGAACAGCCUUCCAAAUGAGUUAAAAGAGUGUAAUUUUUUUUCCUAUUUUUAAAAGAUCUCAGCUAAUUUUAAACCGUGAUUUUUUUUUAAUAAUCGAUUUUAAGAUUUUAAAUUUUUUAACUUGUAAACAUAUUUUACUUUUUUCGUAAUAAUUAAUUAUCUAGCUAAAUUAGUGCAUGAGGGCCCCACUGAAAACCUCUUUGGCGAGUUGGCCUCCCUCUAUAAAUAUCAUUAUUAUUAUUAUGUCGCAGUAUGAAACUUUGGAAUGCUGUCCACAUUAUGAGUAGUAUAGGGCGCAUAGCAUAACCUACACCACUUGAGAAGCUAUACUUAGAAGUAAAAAAAGGUCGAUACGAAACCUAAUACGAUCCUAAAAUACAUAAUGAUAUGAAUCUCUCUACUUAAAAAGCCAAUUUAGAAUGUUAUUAAAUUCUGAUACUCUGUAAAACCUACGCUAAGAAAUGAUGAUAUGAUUAUCUCUAAUAGAAGCCUAGUUACAAAAUUAUUCAGUUUUUACGCACUCAAUAUCUCUUAUAUACCUAAAGGAGGCCAUCAUAAUGUGAUUAUCUCUACUAAAAGCUUAUUUAUAAUAAUAUCAAACUCUAAUGUUCUAAAAAAUCUAAGUAAAAACAUCAGCAAGCUUGUGUUUCUAGAUUUCUAGAGAAAAAAACCCUAAAAACUGGAGUCCUUAGCGCCCUAACUAAGUAUUUAUCUUAAAUGUUCUGGCAAUGUUUAAAGUGUUUGAGAUGACCGAACGCGACUUCUGCAUCCGCUCAAGUACGCUUCGUGCUCUCACUCCAACUAGCUUCCUCGCCGACUUCUCUAGGUGUUUAGAGUAACCACCCAGUACGUCAAUUAUUACGUUGUACUUUUCAACCCUGUAACCAUUGUAUCUCUGCUUCAGCUCCCACAUCAUGGGCCCAUACUCGAGUGUCUUUCCCUUAUCUUUCUUAGCUCUGCUCUCAAUCCAUGGGCAGCUUAUUUCAAUUGUGCAGACUUCUUUCCUCUCGUGGCUGACAAGUCGCGCGUCGAUCCGAUUUGUUCUAACUUCGUUGUGCUCUGCAUAGAUGGGAAUAUCCCAAAACGCCUCACUCGUGGUGUUCUGGUAGGCUGGUUUUGGCAUCACCGGUGAGUACCAUGGUGGAACCUCUUCUAUUAACCCAUGCUCUCGCAGGAGCUCAAAAAACAGAAUCUUCAAAGCUGCAUUAUGCCUGUAUAGGUACUUGGUUUGUGCCAGGGAGGAACAUCCAGCCAAUACAUGUGCAACGCUCUCAGCUACCUUCCCACAUAACCUGCAUAGGACUUCGCUGUCGGUGGAGGUUUGCGUCUUCUCCUUUGUGUAGAGCUUCGUAGGUAACAACUGCUCAUACAGUUCAUACAUGCCCGCGAUGGUAUAUGUAGGGCAUGUAGCCCAACCUUUUAACCAUGCAAAGGAGCUGGUUAUGCUUAGGCUCUCAUCUUCCCAUCUGACACGGAAUAACUUAUUAUUAUUAUUAUUAUUAUUAUUAUUAUUAUUAUUAUUAUUAUUAUAAUAAUUUAUGAACUUAUUGUGCGCAGCUUAACAUGAGAAUGAUCAGCUGCGCACUACAACUACAUUACUUUAAAAGAAACAAAUAAAAGAUAAGGCAUUAAAAAAUAAAAAAUAAAGAGAAUAUAUAUGCAUGCAAGUAAGAACUGAAUAUAAAAUUGCUCACCAAUAUAAAGUUUUAAAAAGAUAAGUCUUAAUAUGCGCCUUAAAACUGUUCACAUUAGUAAUCGCACGAAGUUCUUUUGGAAGAGAGUUCCAGAGCCUUGGCGCUUCUACCAUAAAAUCUCUAUCACCUAACGUCUUCCAUCGAGCAGCUGGCAAAGAAAGUAAAAUACUAUCUGAAGAUCUAAGGUUGUAUAAGGACGAUUUAAAUGUUAGUAAAUCGAAUAGAUAUUUAGGAGCAAGGCCGUGAAUUGCUUUGAACGUAAUAAGCAGUAUCUUAAAUUCUAUCCGGACUUUAACAGGAAGCCAAUGCAGACCACGAAGAAGGGGUGAGAAGUGGCAAAACCUAGGGGCAUUACAUACUAGCCUGGCUGAGGCAUUCAAAACUCUCUGCAAUUUGUUAAGUUGGUAGUUGGGCAGCCCAUACAAAAGACUGUUACAAUAAUCAACACGAGAUGUAAUAAAUGCAUGGACAAGCAUUUCCGUUGAUUCUCGAGACAAAUACUUGCGAAUGCGUUUGAUAUUAUGCAAAUGGUAAAAGGCAACACCACAUAACUUGCUAAUAUGAGUUGACAUAGUGAGCUGCUCAUCAAACCAUGAGCCUAGGUUUCGAGCUACUGUUACAGGACAAACAUCAGUCGACCCAACCCUAAUACAAUUGAUGUUAACCUUGGCCAGCUGCUGCCUAGUACUUAUAAUUAAAAAUUCUGUUUUAUCAUCGUUUAACAUAAGAUUAUCUAAAAUCAUCCAACUCCUAAUGACACUGAUACAGUCAGUCAUGGACUUGAUGGCAAAAUCAACAUUCGCAGAUCGAUUGGGGUAGCAGUGAACUUGUGGGAGGUGGCGUUCAACGAUCUGAAACAGUUUGCGCGCGUAGUUAGUGAAAAGCAAGGGUCCCAAAAAUGAUCCUUGAGGAACACCUUGUUUUAAAGGAAAAUGAUCUGAGAGACUACCAUUUACAGAGACACGCUGGAACCGGUUUACGUUUACAUGAUAGACAGGAUGACCUGCCGAGGCAGAUUUCUCAGUUUACUGGACCGGGUAACCCGCUAGGGUGGGGUCCAAUUUUGCUGGGUAAACGCUUCAAGGUGGGUUUACUCUCCUAACCGCGGGGUGGGAUUCGUGUUAGUACAUUAAACUCGAGCCAAGUUUUUGGUUUUUGUUUACGUGCUUUGUGAUGCUUUGUGACCUUUCACUAAUCCACCGUACAUUCGGGAUGGUGGGAUCGUAAGACUACAUUUUUAAAUGUAAUCUAAAAAAUAAUAAUAAUAAUAAUAAAUAACAGGAGUUUAAUUAAAAACUCCUGUUAUAUUUUUACCCUACCUGAGCGGUUUAUGCGCAUGCGCGUGUACUGACAGGACGUGUCUUUUUACGCUUCCAGUAAUAUACACGUCUUCAUACUACCUGCCUCGAUAAGCUCCUCCAUUUUGCAGGUAGUCUGUAUUUGUAAUAACCUGAAAUUCAUCCGAUUGCUUCGAGUCGUUUUCUCCUCUCAGCAACGACGUUACUGGGGGAGUAAUAACGACUCGAAGUAAUCGGAUGAAAUUCAGGCUUUAUUUGAAAUUUAUUUAUUGUGACUUUAAACAAAUAAAGCUUGAGUGUCUCAAUCUUGAGUGUUUUUUUUACCUCACCUACCUGGGUUCCCCCGCCUCCAGAUAAACUGGCCUAAAGCUAAGACAAAAGUAAGUAUGUUUAUGGGCAGAACGUUUGAGUCAGCUCGAAAAAAAAAAGUUUGAUUAUUUAUUUUUUCAGGAGCAUGACUUCUUUAAUGAUUCCAGCAAAUAUGGCCAUGUAAAGGUAUCAGACCUACAGGUUGAUGACAAAGACGGAGACAUUAAUGUGACGUUUAAGCUGUGUUUAGUUCUAAAAAACAAUGCGCAUGCUGGCUACAUUGAAGAUGUGAUUAAAAUGUGGAAAAAGUUUGGGAACGAGAGCAUCACAGGACACAAAUUUCUGGCUGGAGAGUACAUUUGUUGUCGUAAUAACUAAUAGAGCUUUUUACCGAUACGGCGGCCAUAUUGAAUUAAUUUGAUUAAUUAAGGAGUAUUAUAGGAUGCCCAGGGGGCAUGAGAACAUUUCGUUUGUAUUUUCGAGCGCUUUUCGGAACAUUUUUUUCUUAAAGUUUUCUUAGAAUAAGAUUGUAAUGGGAAAAAAGAUCCUUGUGCCGUGUUUGGAUGUAACAAUGAUCGCCUUUUUGUAGUUUAGUAUUAUAAAUAUGGUCUUUCACUGUAUAUUUCUCGGGAAAAAGGCGAUCAUUAUUACAUCCAAACACGACACAAGGAUCUUUUUUCCCAUUACAAUCUUAUUCUAAGAAAACUUUAAUGUCCCGAAAAUAGGCAUCCUAUAAUACUCCUUAAAUCGAAUUAAUUCAACACGGCCGCCGUAUCGGUAAAAAGGUAUAUUUACGUUCACUAUACCGAACACGAAAAGCUAUCCGGAAUAGUAUGGACAGCAACUGCCAUCAGGGACUGGCACGAGUCGUUCACACCCAUCGAACAUCGUUCUAAAGCGGUUGGUAGAGAGGGCUUGGUGCACUAUCUCAAUCGUCACUUUCCCUCACCAAGUGGGUUCCAGUCCUCGCUCCUACCCAUUUACUUCUGCAACGGUCCGAAUACCUGUUUACAUUUCGACAAGGAGUGGAAGAAACUUGUCUGAUAUGUGACGAUCCACUUUCAAUAUCAGCAAGCACUCUCGUUCCCAGAGCCUCCUGGGGGCCUGAGCACGAGGACCAGAAGGCUCUGGGGACACAGGAUUUAAAGUCCUAGAUUUUUGGACUUCCGGUCUUUUCUGAAUCAAAAGUAAGUUGGGGGAUUGUCUUUUAAAAGCUUUGAAUCACUUAAAUUUACAGUCAUUGAUACUUGGACAAGAGUAAAUGACCGCUAUAAGAAACGUUAAAGAAAUCGCACAGAAAUCAUCUUCCUUACGUGUGGAUAAAAGCCGUAUCCGUUAAUGUUUUCGUGCUGUUGCAAGAGCUAUCGAUAUCCUAUGUAGUGUGAGCAUAGCAGCGAUCAGGUACCGGUUACAACUGGUUAAAGCUAAUACAAGAAUUCUAUGAUCCGUGUACACUUAUUCAUCGUUAUCACCACCCCUUCAACCUCUAUCCCUGUCUCAAGACGCUUUUAACGGCGUAUAUAACGUUUCUUAUUCUGCAGAGGUAACGUUUAAGGACUGGAAAGCUAAGGACGGCGAGUGCAGCAAAUGUUCAAGUGGAGGGGCUGGACCAAUCACUCUUGAGCGAGAAUGUAAACCCAAAAAAGCUGAAUACAGUUGCGAUGGUGUGAGGACCACGGUGGAAUCCCAGGACUGUUUAAAAUACUGCGAUUCGAAGGCUGGUAAGUUACGUAACGGGAUGUAUGAUCUGACCGAGAACUAACUACUAUAUAGUUUACAGGCCCUAUAGCGUGUUUUCACUCACGUGGCCAGCAUCUAUGCAAAUUUAUUAGAACAAAAGAAAGCGUUUGCAUAAGGAAAGAGUUCAACUCUAACAGGGCCCGUUUGGGACACAAACAUAGUCUCCGUUUCAUUGUUUUGGGACACCGAUAUGGCCGUCAUUACUUCAUGUGAAAACACUCUUUAUUCUCUUUUUGAGACCCCGUUUUGAACAGACAAAUCUUUUACCUCUGCAACCCGAUUAUACGGAGUCGUCCAAAUUCUGUUACAGAUUGCAUUACUGUUUACAGCUCAAAANAACUGGUUAAAGCUAAUACAAGAAUUCUAUGAUCCGUGUACACUUAUUCAUCGUUAUCACCACCCCUUCAACCUCUAUCCCUGUCUCAAGACGCUUUUAACGGCGUAUAUAACGUUUCUUAUUCUGCAGAGGUAA